AUGUCCAGGAAGCUUUACGGCCCGCAGAGAGCCCAGACACGGGCCUCCAUGACCACAGAGUACCAAGAGAGGUUCCUCCCCCCCCGCUGCCACACAACUAUUGUCACGACCUCAACACAGAAAAACCCUUACCACUCACUGAAGGGGACCAGUGCCGACAUGACCACUUUUAGGUCAUUCUUUGUUACCCACAAAUGGAUGAAAAACCCACCAAAGGCCCCACAGCCAUCUUUGCCACCCAAAGGCCAACGGAGAUGCAGCAGCGCUCCGCACAAUCAUACUUGCUCUGUAGCAAACCAGCUGGAAUCCAAGGUGGUGGACUACACUUCAGUGUACAAAAAUGAUUUCCAAGCAUGGAAAGCUAACCAGCGUCAGCCAUACAGGCUGCACGACAACUUGAAAGUCGACCAAGGAUUAGUUGUCACAAAAAGUGCUCACAAAGGUCCCUCCGAGAAAAAUUCUGUUCAGGUGGAUGCAAACUCCAAACCAGUGGAACAGGAGGAAGGACCAAAACCAUUUGAAAGGACCACCAGCUACAAAUCUGACUACAUCACCCAUCCAAUGCCACCCAGGACAUGCAGGAAGAAGCCUGUGAACCAAAGCAACAAAGGUCUUCUGGCUGAGCACACAGAGUCCUUCGGGCCAAACUUGGCUUGGCAUAUGAACCAGGAAGUUUUUAAUGAAGCCAGCGAAUUCUUUCAGCAAUUUAAGACCUGGUCUCUUGAAACCAAGUUCUGCGGCCAAGGUAAAGCCAAAGUGUCCAGUCCACCAGCAGGUCACAACGUGUUUCUCUCCACAACACACGCAGACUACACACCGCACGAGUGCCAGCGCACCAAGCCAAUCCUGCCAUCUGUGCAAAACAGUGAGAAAAGCAAGGAGCCAUUUCCUUCAGUGACAACCAUGAAGGAGGAUUACAAAGCUUGGAGCACACCGCGACGCCUGCCCAUUGUCCGCAAAGCAGAGAUGGAAUGGCCCAUGAAAACCCCAAUUUCAGUGUGCACACCUAAACCGUCUGAGACCUGCAAAACAAACCCGAAACCCUGCAGCCCCCAUCCCAAACUGAACGAGCCUGCUGUCUGUAAUUCCAGCUGUAACACCACAGAGAAACCUCAAUUUCCUGCUGAGAAUGGAGGGUUUUCCGGCUUCGGAUGCAUUUCCACGGGGCCUGAAGAAUCCAGGAUGUACUGGUCCACCUCUUUUGACAGAGGAGCGCCUUGGCCUGAUGGUGACACUUGUGAUGACCCAUCUCAGCCCCACGAAACAAUAAGCUGCAUGGUUUCUAACAGAAGCUAAGGCUUCCUAGAGACCA